AUGGAGAUGAACAAGUCCCGGUGGUGUCGCGCCACCCUGCUGCUGCUGCUGUCCCUGGCUCUCCGCGGCGCGGCGUACCUGCAGGAGCGAAAGAACUACAUCGUGCACCUCCGGCCGCGGGAAGCCGCCGACGGCUCCGUCGAGGAGUGGCACCGCUCGUUCCUAUCGCAGGCGGCGGCGGCGGCGGCGGCGGCCAGGCUGGACUCCGCGGCCGACGGCGGCGGCGACGACGGCCCGCGGAUCAUAUACUCCUACAGCGACGUCUUCACGGGCUUCGCCGCGCGGCUCACGGACGAGGAGGCGGAGGCGCUGAGGGCCACAGACGGGUGCGCGCGGCUGUACCCGGAGGUAUUCCUGCCGCUCGCCACCACCCGCUCGCCGGGCUUCCUCGGCCUCCACCUCGGGAACGAGGGCUUCUGGAGCCGCUCCGGGUUCGGGCGCGGGGUGGUGAUUGGGAUCCUCGACACGGGGAUCCUGCCCAGCCACCCGUCCUUCGGCGACGACGGGCUCCAGCCGCCGCCCAAGGGGUGGAAGGGGACCUGCGAGUUCAAGAACAUCGCGGGGGGAGGAUGCAACAACAAGAUCAUCGGGGCGCGCGCGUUCGGGAGCGCGGCGGUGAACUCGACGGCGCCGCCCGUCGACGACGCGGGCCACGGCACGCACACGGCCAGCACGGCCGCGGGCAACUUCGUCGAGAACGCCAACAUCAGGGGCAACGCGGACGGCACGGCGUCCGGGAUGGCGCCGCACGCGCACCUCUCCAUCUACAAGGUGUGCACGCGCAGCCGCUGCUCCAUCAUGGACAUCAUCGCGGGGCUGGACGCCGCCGUCAAGGACGGCGUCGACGUGCUAUCCUUCUCCAUCGGCGCCUACUCGGGCACGCAGUUCAACUACGACCCCAUCGCCAUCGCCGCGUUCAAGGCCAUGGAGCGCGGCAUCUUCGUCAGCUGCGCCGCGGGCAACGCGGGGCCGGAGCCCGGAACGGUCGGCAACGGCGCGCCGUGGAUGCUCACCGUCGCCGCGGGCACCAUGGACCGCGCGAUACAGACCAAUGUCAGGCUCGGCAACGGCGAGGAGUUCCACGGCGAGUCCCUGUUCCAGCCCAGGAACAACUCCGCCGCGGACCCGCUCCCGCUGGUGUACCCCGGCGCGGACGGCUUCGACGCGAGUCGCGACUGCAGCGUGCUGCGCGGCGCCGAGGUGACCGGCAAGGUGGUGCUCUGCGAGAGCAGGGGCCUGAGCGGCCGCAUCGAGGCGGGGCAGACCGUGGCGGCGUACGGCGGCGUGGGCAUGAUCGUGAUGAACAAGGCGGCGGAGGGGUACACCACCUUCGCCGACGCGCACGUCCUCCCGGCGUCGCACGUCAGCUACGAGGCCGGGGCCAAGAUCAUGGCCUACCUCAACUCCACGGCCAACGGGACGGCGAGUAUCGACUUCAAGGGGACGAUCAUCGGCUCGUACCCGUCGCCGGCGGUCACCUUCUUCUCGUCCCGUGGGCCGAGCAAGGCGAGCCCGGGCAUCCUGAAGCCGGACAUCACGGGCCCCGGCAUGAACAUUCUCGCGGCGUGGGCGCCGAGCGACUCGCACACGGAGUUCUCCGACGGCGGGGCCGACCUCUCCUUCUUCGUCGAGUCCGGCACGUCCAUGUCGACGCCGCACCUGAGCGGCAUCGCGGCGCUCCUCAAGAGCCUCCACCCAGACUGGUCACCGGCGGCGAUCAAGUCGGCGAUCAUGACGACGUCCGACGCGGUGGACCGCACGGGCCUGCCCAUCAAGGACGAGCAGUACCGGCACGCCACCUUCUACGCCAUGGGCGCGGGCUACGUGAACCCGGCGCUGGCCUUCGACCCCGGCCUGGUCUACGACCUCCACGCCGACGACUACAUCCCCUACCUCUGCGGGCUGGGGCUCGGCGACGACGGCGUCACGGAGAUCGCCCACCGCCCCGUCACCUGCGGCGGUCUCAGGGCCAUCACCGAAGCGGAGCUCAACUACCCGUCCCUCGUCGCCAACCUGCUGUCCCAGCCCAUCACGGUGAACCGCACGGUGACCAACGUGGGCAAGGCGAGCUCCGUGUACACCGCCGUGGUGGACAUGCCCAAGGACGUGUCGGUUACCGUGCAGCCGCCGAUGCUCCGGUUCACGGAGCUGAAAGAGAAGCAGAGCUUUACGGUGACGGUGCGGUGGGCGGGGCAGCCCAACGUCGCCGGCGCCGAGGGCAACCUCAAGUGGGUCUCCGACGAUUACAUCGUGAGGAGCCCCCUUGUGAUUCCACCCAAGGGAGAGUAG